AUGUAUUUCUAAAAUACAAAUUCUGCUUAAAGAAACGUUCCAGUGAUUUAAUUACAAACCCCAUUCAAUAACUAGCAAUAUGUAAUUCGAAUCAUAAUGGCUAAUAGCGCUCACCUACAAAUUAAUAUUACACAAUACAAACUUAGCCAAGACCAUUCCAAGAAAGUCCAAAAACAAAUAAUACUAAAGAGUAAUUGGAUUCAUUAUACAUAAAUCUGAGAAAGGAAAAUCAAACUCUCAAAGACAAACUUUAACAUAUUAGCGCUUAAGUUGAUGAAGCGUAAUUAAAGCUGGAAUAAUAUAAAAAGUCAUGA